CUGGCUCCGCCCCUGAGUAGGGACCUACAGCAGACCUACAGGAGGCGCGGCGGCGGCGGCGGCGGCGGCCUGUGGCUGGCGGUGUAGACGCCCCUUCCCGGAGCGAGCGGCGGUGUUGUCCGGAGUAUCCAAGCAUUGGAAACAGUCAUAUUGGGGGACCAUGAACGGCCUACGGUGGUGUACACAAACAUAAUUAAUACGCUCUCGGGGCGUAAGUCCGUCUCCGCCAACUGCAGAGCGUACUGAAGGAUGGCGCCGCAGGCUUCGGCCAUGUGAGGUCUGUCUCAGUCCCAGCGGACUCUCUUUAGAAAUGCAGAUAAAGAAGAUGAAGGACAUCGGGCAGCAGCUGUUGACUCCGCAGGUGAACGAUGGACGUAGCUCUCUGACCAUGUCGCCCAGGCAGCCCAGUGCCGACAGAGCGACUCGGCCGGACGGGCAGGAUGCUCAGACUCUCUUGUAUCAAGGCUCAGAGGCAGAGGCUGCCGCGAUGCCCACCGCUACGUGCGUCAAGUGCAAGAGCGUGCACAGGGUCCCCCUUCGGGACUUGAGAAAGGGUCCUGGGCAGAGCCCAGCGGAAGACAGGUACGUGUGCUUCCCCUGCAGCCUCGGCGGGGCGCCCCCCAGCUUUCACUUUGGGAACGGCGACCCCGGCGCUGCGCAGGUGGGGAACAAAACGGAGACCGUCUCAAGUGCGGUCAACAAGUUCAAGGUAAGGAACUUCAAGCCCGGCAAGUACUACUGUGACAAAUGCCGAUUUUCCACGAAGGACCCUCUGCAGUACAAGAAGCACACGCUCCAGCACGAAGAGAUCAGGUUCAUUUGCUCCCACUGCAGCUACGUGUCCUACACCAAAGGGGAGUUCCAGAGGCACCUGGUGAAGCACACGGGCAUCUUCCCGUACCAGUGCGAGUACUGUGACUAUGGCGCCAUCCGGAACGACUACAUCGUCAAGCACAGGAAGAGAGUCCAUGAGCGGGCUGGCGGGAAGCGGCCGCCCAAGACGGCCGCCAGGCUGGAGCCAAAGAGAGCGGGCGCGUCGAGGCAGAGCGCGGAGCUCCCGAGGGCCUGCGACCCGGGCCUGGCGCCGCACGGCAAGCUGUCGGACCAGCUCUCGAGGUUCUCCCUCCACACUGACAGAGACCGGACGCGCACCCUCGCGCUGCCACCCGAGGCGAAGGGCCACCAGAGAGACGUGGUGUGCGUCCCAGACAAGGCCACCCUGCUGGAGCCGAGCGCGGUGUCUGUGCUGGAGAACAAAAGCGUGGAGGUGGAGGUGCUGUCCCCCGCCGAGGAGCCCGUGCAGCCGGGGAUGCCGCUCACCGUCGUGGCCCCCGCCGAGCUGGUGGUCCCCGCCCACUGCCUGGCCCAGCUGAUAGACGUCAAGGUUGUCAACGGGACGCAGCAGCUCGUUCUGAAACUCUUUACCCUGGAGGAAAACAGCUGCCUGGAGGCCGGCGGGGGCGAUGCAGGUCGAGCCCAGCGGAUGGCCAGGGAGAAGGGCCCAAGCGAGCAGGAAAAAGCGGUGUCUGCGGAUCGGACAAAGCCGCGGACCGUGGAAGGGAGCGUCGGCGACUCCGGGGGCGCCGGGCAUCUUCAGCCAGCCGUGCAGAGACAGCUGAAGAGCGUGAAGUGGGUGAGGUCGUACGACUUUUUCAUGUCGAAUUCCGGCGUGCGCAGCUCUGGGGAGCCCCUUCUCGCCUCCGACAGGGCCGAGGAUGCGCAGAGAAGAAGUCACGUGUUUCCGCACAGAACGGCCCUUCCCCCCGCCGCCUUGAAAGGUCACUCUCCGUCAUCUGGAGAGAAAAGCAGCGUCUUGUGUGGUCUCGGCGCCGCCUCAAACCCGUGUCCGUACAAAGCCGCCAUCUCUUUCACUGAAGACGGAAGACACCUGCACAGGGACCCACAGCGGUUACUUCCUCUGGCUGCGUCUCCUGCUGCCAUCUCCUACCCAGGAGAAAAGGGCUUGUUGCCCAUGAGCAAAAGUGACUUGGAAUCCCGAAGCGAGAUCAGCAUUCCGGUGACAAUGGUUCCGUCUACCAGGAAGCUGAAAGCCAGCCAGGCGGAGGACCACACGGCUGUUUCAAACCUAGGCCAGAUUUCCGCUCAACAUAAAAGCGAGUAUUUACACAUAAACAUAACAGGGGACAGAAUGAGGUCUCAGCAGCCUGGCCACAGACCUCUGGAGGUCAAGAAUGUGGAAAAGACCGGCGACUCUUUCGAGGGCCCGGUCAUCUCGUCCGUCUUUUCUCUGAGCUCCGGAUCUGAGGACGUCCCCGAGGGCGUUAAGUGGAAUAGCUCGACGUCCAAAAUAAAGUCCAUCGAACUCUUGCGCAGGAAGAUAGCUCAGUUAAUCGAGUCCUGUGGCAGGCCCUCCUCCCUGGCCGCAAACAGUGCCCAUCGCCGCCCCGUAGGGCCGGCAUCGAAGCUGACACCGAAAGCUGCCCCCGAGGGUGUUCAGGAAAUUAACGUGGCUUUUGCCGGCGCUGGCUAUUCCCGGGGUUCGCUCCCCAAACCUCAGGAUGGUGGUGGCGUCAGUGCCCAGCGUACCCAUCAGCAGAUGUACCCCCAGUUCGUAGAAGGCAGCAGUGGGAAAGCUGACAGCCGAGGAAACCGGAAGGCUCCGGUUGCCACUCCAGUGUUGAUCCCCAAGGGGGCAGUGUUGAGGCUCCUCAAUUCCUCCAAGGAUGCCCGCAUCAUAGAGGCUACUUGUGAAGCACCUGUCAGCAUCCCUUGCGCUGAGACUCGGUUAAUAAAACCCAUUCCGUUCUGCCCAGUGAAACAGACAGACUCAGACCUACAGCCUCUGACAAGUGAGCGGAGGCCCGUAGACGCGUCCCAUAACAUUGACACGCCUCAACGGCCUAAACCAAGAAAAGAGAGUAUGGUUUGCAGCAGCGCCCCGAAAAGAACCAGCCCCCUAUACGGGCAGCAAGGAAGCAGCGAGCUGAGUAAGCAAGGGAGACUGCUUUCCAGAAGUCUUUCCCUGAGUAAAAAUAAAACCAGACAAGUAAGCUCGACCAAGAGGAAAAGCAAAAUUCAGGCAGAUCCCGUCCGCUGUUUCAAGGACCCUUCGAUUUUUCAGGUCGCUAGACAGCUCCGGCUGAUAGCGGCCAAACCGGACCAGCUGAUUAAAUGCCCCCGUCGGAACCAGCCCGUCAUAGUGCUCAACCAUCCCGACGUGGACUCGCCAGAGGUGACCAACGUGAUGAAGGUGAUCAACAAGUACAAAGGCAACGUCCUCAAAGUCGUCUUAUCGGAGAGGACCAGGUGUCAGCUAGGCAUCAGACGCCAUCACGUGCGGCUGACCUACCAGAACGCGGAGGAGGCCCGUCACCUCAAGAGGCAGAUGAUGCUGAAGAUGAAACUGAAGAAGGUGCAUAAGAACAACUACCAGGUGGUGGACCCCUCGCCCGACGAUUCACAGUGCAUAUUUAAGUGCUGGUUCUGCGGGCGGCUGUACGAGGACCAGGAAGAGUGGAUGAGUCACGGCCAGCGACAUCUCAUAGAAGCGACCAGAGACUGGGACGUUCUUUCUUCCAGGGGGAAAUAAGUUAAAAAUUGGCAUUUGAAGCAAAAAUGAUGUGAGUUUGUUUUUGUUUUUGUUUUUUGUUUUUUUAACGUUUAUUCUGGUUUGGGUUGGGAUUUUUCUCUCCCCUCCCUGACCCUAGAGGAACAAAACAGAUUGUAGGAAAUGGGAGGAUGGCUCUUUAGACCCCUCGUAGGAGCGAUGGGACCCAGGAGUCCGGCGUGACGCGAGACCUGUGACUGGAACUUGGAAGGUGUGUGAAGCCCCCGAGACUGUGCGCACAGAUUCACGAAUCUGCGUUUUUCUGGAGAGAGGUGAAGCUCUCAGCAGAUUGUCAGUAGGACCUGAGGCUUGUCCUUGUUCAGGGUCCUUUUUGUUCAGGGUCCUUUUUUUCUGAGCAGACACAGAACCUUGUGAUGCACGCCAAGGGCGAGGCGAGAGUGUUCUACACCUGCUCCUUAGGUAACCAAGGGCUACUGAAGAGUGAUACCCCUGUUUGGGCAUGCAUGUCCACUGUUCUUGGUCUUGACUGGUCUCCUGAGUAUUUGGUACAUAAUGGGAAUUAUAUUUUCUGCUGUUAUCUUAGAUUUGGUUCUAGAAAAGCAGCCAUUCUUUUAAGCCCUAUUCCCCCUUAAUAGUUCUAAGUGUUUUUUGUAGCACAGAAAGCUGUGCGUUUUUUUUUUGGCUGUUUUAAAAAAUGAUUCCGAGGAUUUGCCUGAAUUUGCUACUUCAGCAGAGGUGUUAGGAGAGAAAGAAAACAUUUUCAAGCUUUUGCGUUCUUUUUAAAUGUCUCUAUGGCAAUUGGGGAGGGAACGUGCCUUUUUGCAAAAUGAAAGAAACUGAUCACAGGGGGAAAAUGUCUCAAAUUAAGUCUCCUGUUUGCCCUCACCGCUCUCAUAAACAAAAUGACCAGUUGAAGAUGUGAAUGACCAGGCUUUUUCCAACUAGGUAGAACUUGGGAAGAUAUUUCAAGGUCAGGUGGUAAGCAAGCACACCUGCGACUUUAAUGUGGCUGAGUUUUCAUGGGGGGAACUCAUCGGAGGCCGCAGCCGACGGCUGCACGCUCUCCCCAUCACUUAGGGCUUGGCCCGCAGACGCUGCCCUCCCAGCUCACAGCCUGCUGUCCCUUUGCGGUUUUUCUGGACAGGCUCUCCCGCGGGAGGAGGCAGCUGGCCUCGGACUCACGUGUGUGCACAUCAGAAAAAGCCGUGCGGCUUCCGGGGCAGGCGGCCGGAUUGGCACGUGCGGCUCCAACUGGGCUUUCCUCUUCACCUGCCCACUCAGCUGGGUACCGGCCGUCACAUCCGACACAAGUGGCUUGGCCACAAGGCAGCCCCGACACCUGUGUCUGCCUCCCUGUGGGGACCGCUGCUUCCUCAAGGGAUGUGUUGGCGUAGGGAACGAAAUGGGGGCGUUACCUCUGAAAAAGACUCGAGUGAGAUCUCCGUUGCGUUGGGUAGUCAGAGACUUGAUUUUUUUUUUUUUUCUCCACGUGGGAAAGUGUUAGAUCAUAGAUUAUCCUCGGACAGGCGGGAUUGCAGUUCUUCGCAGGCGAUUCUCAUUACAGAUCGUAUUUCUUCUGUGUGAUCCACACGUGAGCAUUCAGUCGAUUAAUUGGUUGAUUUUUAUUGAAAUUUAAAAUUCGGAUUUUUAUAUGUGUAUAUACGUAUGCGUACACAUAUAAAUAUUUUUUACCAUAUGAAAACCGCAGUAGCUGAUUUUCUGAUUUCUUAUUUUGUAAUGGAGUUAUGUGGGCUAGAAAAAAAAUAUUAAAUGUUUUAUAUUCUAGAAAAUUUAUUUUUGAAGUACCUUUUUCUAGUGGUCUGAUCUCACUCAGAAAACGGAAGCACAGGAAGCGGUGGGCCUGCUUCGUGAGAACAAAGAGGAGUAGAAGCCCCUAUUGGACAUUUCGUGACACUGCUUGGUCCCCGUGCAUUUCUAGUCAGUGCUUUUUUGGGGGGAAAUGGCGUUUGUGGACUUCGCCGCAGACAGGAGAGCAUUCUGAAGUUUUAUCCAUUUUUUUUUUUUCUCUUAUACCUCACUACAGAGUAGCAUCUUCCCUGAAAGGUUUGUCCUGACCUUUUAGGAAAGAAUGACCACGAAUCACAUCGGAGCGUUAAGUGUCAAACAUAAAAUAUUUACAUUUUGCAGCAUCAGCUGUUUUUCAAGUAUUACCCACGAGUACAGAGCUAACUUUUGUGAGGAGAUGAUGCAGCUAAGCUUUGGGGGGGUUUUCAGAACCACAGUCCCUAUGAAGGGAAUAAGAGCGUUCCCGGGAGUCAUGAAAAAUGAGAAAGGAAAAACGAGCAGCCUCCCCCAUGUAAAGAGCUCUGGGAAAUCGCUUGUUAGCAUGUAGGCGAGCGUCACGAAACGGGCGUGUCAUUUCUAACAGCUGGAGGCGGCAGCAGCGGAACUGGGCCCUCUGUGCCCUUUCUUACCUCGAAGGACCUCUACUCACAAAGUUUUAUCAAGAGUACCAAUAGAAUCAUUUUACACUUAUUUUUUAAAGUCGAUUUUCUUUUGGGGAUCAGAAGUGAGAUAACCUCAUUAUAUUUAUGAUAUGGCAACGUGUUUUUAAAUGACUCGAAGUAGACUCUUAACAGAUUAUAUUUUACUCAAAUGUUUGUCCCCACCCCCAGACAAUUUAGUGAGUCCCUCUUACGGGCCAAGUGCCGUCUGUCAAACUAAACACAGUGUGUUAACCCUCAAAAGCUCCAUCCGUCUUUCUCGAGGACAUGCUGUAGAGACCGUCCCAGAAAAUGAAGAUGCGAUGAUACUGCUCGGCCUUUGGAUUAACUAUUUGAAUCUGUCAGCGUCAACGUGAGCAAAAAAAUGGAAUGCUGCAUAACAUGUUUUAAGCAUUAUUAUAAGUCCUGCAUUAACAGUUCGUGUGUCUGCUGCUCUGUUUUUGAAACACGUUUGUAUAUAGAUAUAGAAGUUGGAGUAAAUUUUGUUAAAUAAAGCAACUAAAAUUU